UAUUUGUAAACAAUCGAUAUUGCUGCUGCUGCUGCUGCUCUAGCUGUGCAGCCGGCGGAUUUAGGGGCCGACACAAGUUUAUUGGUGAUUGGCAACAGGCGCAAUUCCUGUAUAAUAUCUAAUUCAAAUAUUUAAAAUUUUUAAAAGAAUAAAUAAGAGACAUGUCGCUUAAACAUGUCGUUAUCGGCGGUGGAACCGGAUUCGUGGGCAAACGGUUGGUGAAAAUCUUGCAGGCGGAUGGGUACGAAGUGACGACCAUUUCCCGGAUGCCGGCCAUCAAACACAUGACCUGGCACGAUUUGGAAAAAGACGGGCUCCCGGAUGGAACGUCGGCGGUGGUUAACUUGGCGGGACAGAACGUGCUGGAUCCGAGCCGCCGAUGGACUUCCGGUUUCAAGCAAAACGUUUGGAACAGCCGGAUCAAUACGACGGCGGCUUGCGCCCGGGCCAUCGAAAAGGCUACGGUGAAACCGCGGGUGUUUGUCAGUAUUUCGGGGGUUAGUCAUUAUCCGGCUGGACCGAAACCCAAUACCGAGGAAGCUAAAACGGUCGAGUUCGACUUCAUGUCCAAGCUGUGUGUGGAGUGGGAAAAGGCGGCAAACCUUUCGGAAAACUCGAUCUGUCGGGGGGUGAAAGUUCGCAGCGGAGUUGUCAUCGGCCGUGAGGGAGGAAUGAUUCAGUCGCUGAUUUUGCCGUUUUGGUUCGGGCUUGGAGGGCCGAUUGGUGACGGAAGUCACGAUUUGCCCUGGAUUCACAUACACGAUCUGUGCCAGCUGAUUAAAUUUGCCAUUGAGAAUGAUAAAGUUUCGGGUAUCCUGAAUGGUGUUGCGCCACAACUUAUUACAAACAAGGAUUUUACCAAGGCCUUCGCCUCGGCGCUGAUUCGACCGGCUCUGUUUCCGCUGCCGGAGUUUGUACUUAAUCUCAUAUUCGGAAAGGAGCGAGCAGUUCUGCUGACCCAGGGUGCUAAAGUGGUUCCGGAGAAACCGGUUCAGCUAGGAUUCCAGUACCAAUAUCCGGAUAUUAAGUCCGCAUGUAAAGACGUGGCACAUCUGUUUGUUAAAUAGACAAAACAGAAAAUCCCCGGAAGCUUCUCGCAUCCAGAUUAUGUCGUACAUCUCACUUUUCUCAAUCGUCAGAAAAAUAUAGACCAAGACUAAUUUAUGAAAUAAA